AUGAAUAUUUUCAAAUUUUUCAAAAGAUAUACAAAUAAAUUUACAAACUUAUUGGAGCCCGAAGAUCAAACAACGGUUAACGUACAAGAAAAAAGAAUCCGGUAUUAUCUUCAAUUAGUCUUCAGAUUCAUUUGUUCGACAUUUCUAGUUUGGAUUUUGUUCGAUUUUUUAUUCAGCUCCAUAUGGAUUCAUGGAUAUAUAUGGAGUUUGAAUCUGCCACUGGACCAUGAUUUAACUGAUGUAGCAGCUGGGUUAGUAGUGGAGCUUCAAGAAAAUAUUGUAGGCAAAAUAGAACGUUCGCUCAACGCAUUAUCUACCACGAUGGCGGUAUCAAUUCUGCUAAUAUGUUGUGGAUUUGCUAGUAACACUAAUAGAACCAUAAUGGAUCUUGUUAAAAUAUCUGGAAACGUCGGAUUGAUCACUGGAUUAGGGCGUACUAUGCAGAUGAAAAACCGUUUGUUCUCAUGUUUACAUGAGGGGUUCUACUGCUAUUUCAUAACAUUCGCUGUAGGAUUGAUGAUGACUUUACAAACUAACAAGCUCAUAACAUCAGAAACAACACUGAGUGCUACAGAACAAGAUGAAGAGAUCAAACGAGAUUGUAAUAAUAAUAUUCUUGGAACUGUUCCACAUACAAACAAAGAUAUUUAUUAA